UCGAUCGCUAUUCGACUACUCUUCCUUGAGCGAGUUAGCUUGCUCCUACUGGGUAGUCAGGGCCUGGCCUGUGGGAUGCAAGUUUAGCGUUUGUGUUACAUUCUCAUCAUUUGAGUCUACUUGUACCAAAACCAUGGCGGACGACGAAUUAGAAACAAUAAGGCGGCAAAGAAUGGCAGAGCUACAGGCAAAGCAGGGGAAUGCCUCAAAAAAUCAGCAAGGAGAGGAGGCCAAACAAAGAGAGGCUGAUAUGAGAAACUCCCUAUUGUCUCAAGUUCUAGAUCAGUCUGCUCGUGCAAGAUUGAACAAUCUUGCUUUGGUAAAACCGGAGAAGGCCAAGGCUGUAGAGGAUUAUCUCAUUCAAAUGACUCGCUUUGGGACAAUCGCAGGAAAGAUUACAGACUCCGGCUUGAUUGAGAUUCUACAAAAAGUCAGUCAGCAAACAAAGAACAAAACAACGGUCAAAUUCAACAGGCAUAAGGUGAUGGACUCGGAUGAAGAAGAUGAUGAUUAGCUGACAACUGGACCGUUUGAAUGAAUUCUUGAGGAAUUACAGAAAUAUAUUUCACCAGGACUCUAAAAGUGUCUUCGAGCAGCAGUAUGUUACUGUGAUCCAGUGAUGUGUCUCUGCAAGUAACACACCAGGACAAGGCAGCAACAAGAUUCAAUUGACAAAAUGGUUAAAGCGAAAUGUGCUUGCGGGUGGUUUUAUCAUUAGAGCUACUUUUGUUGUACUCCUGGCAACACUCCGCUGGUCUUCUUUCAGUAGUUACUUUUUUUCCAUAUUCACUAUGAUUUCUAUUUUACAUACAGAGAGAAGUUAGAAUAAUAAGAAAAACAUGCCACAAAUGAAGAAUUUGGAGGAAUCCUACUCGUAAGGACUUGGAUCACUUGCUGAUAUGUAUCUGAAAUGUUUACAAAAAAAUAAAAUAAAAGGCCUUAAAUGAACAAA